AUGUCUGAUCUGAAAUUAGCUGAAAACAAUUUCUGGGGCAAUGUUGCCAAUUCUGGUCCAAUCUCAAUCUUUUCCUACUGUGCAUCCUCCAUCUUAAUGACUGUCACAAAUAAAUUCGUCGUCAACUUAAAGGAUUUCAACAUGAACUUCGUUAUGUUGUUCGUUCAAUCUUUUGUUUGUACUCUUUUAUUGGUUAUUUUGAAAACUUUGGGUUAUGCUAAAUUUAGACCUUUCAAUAAAACCGAUGCUAAAAAUUGGUUCCCAAUCUCAGUCUUAUUGGUUAUCAUGAUUUACACUUCUUCAAAGGCUUUGCAAUUCUUGGCUGUACCAAUCUAUACAAUUUUCAAGAAUCUAACUAUCAUUUUAAUUGCUUACGGUGAAGUUAUAUAUUUUGGUGGUAAAGUCACUUCUAUGGAAUUGUCCUCUUUUAUUCUAAUGGUUCUAUCCUCUGUCGUCGCAACUUGGGGUGAUAAACAAGCCAUGCAAGCUAAGUCCUUGGUGGAAAGUGACGUUACUGUCCCUGUUGUACCUUUCAAUGUCGGUUACUUGUGGAUGUUCGCCAACUGUAUCUCUUCUGCCGCUUUUGUCUUGAUCAUGAGAAAAAGAAUUAAAUUAACCAACUUUAAAGAUUUCGACACCAUGUUUUACAACAACGUUUUAGCUUUACCAAUCUUAUUGCUAUUCUCUUUCUGUAUAGAAGAUUGGUCUUCUACAAACUUAUCCACCAGCUUCACUGCCAACUCUUUCACAGCUAUGAUCAUUUCAGGUAUGGCUUCUGUUGGUAUCUCUUACUGUUCAGGUUGGUGUGUUCGUGUCACUUCCUCCACUACUUACUCAAUGGUUGGUGCUUUAAACAAGUUACCAAUUGCUCUAUCUGGUUUAAUCUUCUUCGACGCUCCAAAGAAUUUCUUAUCGAUCUUCUCGAUCUUCUUAGGUUUCUUGGCUGGUAUCGUCUACGCUGUUGCUAAGCAAAAGAAGAACCAAAAUCCUGAAAAAUAA